AUGGCGUAUUACCAAAGGUGGCGCCUAGACUAUGUUGAAGGUGCUAGCGACCGCCCUCAGGUAUUCUGCGUUCUCACCAAAGACGAGGGUGAAGGCUCAUUGGGCGUGCAUUCCGACAAGAAGUACCAACCUGUCUACUUCAUGGACGACUCGCAGACCUGGUUUCUCAAGCAGAGCAAUGAGGGUUACGUUAUUGGGCAGAUCUCUCAGGCUGAUGACCAUGAGUACACUUGGUACCUCGGCAACACAGACGAGCCGAUCAUGAUCAACGUCCAAGGUAUUGUGGAACCCCAGAGCUGGCAAUUCGUGGCAGCAGAAUAAGCACUGGGAUGCCGAUACUCG